CAAGUAAAAUACGCUCAAAAUGUGUCAACAUUGAAGAGCUCGAACAGUGAUACCAUAAUCAACACUUGGCGCUUUCAUUCAUCUUCAAAUCAAAAUUACUUUAUAUCAAUAUGGCGGAUAAAUCGGAAAGGACGCAAGAUGCUAAUAAUCUGUCGAGGUCGCAAGUCAAAGUCAAGGAUGAGCCGAUGGAUUUGGACUUGCCGGAUGAGGACGACGUGCCGCCAGCGUUUGGGCCUGCAGCACUCGGCCUUCACAGGGUGGGAACAAAGUUACCGCCAAAACCGGUACCCAGCGAACCAGUGCAAAAACUCAAUGCAAGAGGAAUGCCUGCGCGCAUCAGAAAGAAAAAUAGAUUUAUCUUUGUUGACGAUUUUGUGAAUACCUCUCCUCCCAGGCAGUCACCAAAGCGAAUUCCAAAGAUAUUGUCUAAAACACCUAACAAACAAUCAAGUGCUAAAAAACAGAAAUCCCCCUCAAAAGUGCAAAGGAACCAUGACAAGUAUGAUGAUAAAAUAGAGACUGUGAACAGUCAGUCACCAGACCGCAAAUCGGGACAACGGAUCGGCAUGAGGCUGAGAAACCUUCUUAAACUCCCGAAAGCCCACAAGUGGGUAUGUUUUGAAUACUUUUACAGCAACAUUGACAAAGCUUUGUUUGAUGGUGAGAAUGAUUUCAUGAUCUGUCUCAAAGAAUCAUUUCCUCAGUUGGCCAAUCAUAAGCUCACUCAGGUUCAGUGGGCUAAAAUCAGAAGAAUGAUGGGCAAGCCUCGUAGAUGUUCCCAAGCAUUUUUUGCUGAAGAACGUAAGGAAUUAGAAAGGAAGAGGAAAUUGAUACGAUAUAUUCAACAGAGGAAAAGUGCUGAUAUAUGUAUCAAAGAUUUGCCAAAUGAAAUUCCUAUGCAAUUAGUGGUGGGAACUAAAGUAACAGCGCGGCUGCGCAAACCUCAGGAUGGACUUUUUACUGGAUGCAUAGAUGCCGUGGACACCUCUAACAACACAUACAGGAUAACAUUUGAGAGACCAAAGCUGGGCACUCAUUCUGUUCCAGACUAUGAAGUUUUGUCCAAUGAGCCACCUGACACAAUAUGUCUGUCCAGUAUAACACAGAAGUUUAGACCGAGAUAUGUCAUGCAAGAAAUAAUCAAUCUGUACAAUCCUUCAGUGCAAAAUAACAACACACAAGGAGAUCCUAUGAUUGGAUGCUCAGAUAUAACAAAACAGUUGGACACUAUUGGGAGCUACCCGUUCCCUCUCCUCGAACUAAUUGUCAAGUUGACUAAAGUUUUGCAGGCCAAAAAAGUAAAAAUUAACAGACUAAGGGAAUAUAACUGUGAAGCAGAGAAGAGAAAAUCAUUUGGGCAAAAAAUGCCUGAAGAUUUUGAAAGGAAAUAUGCUGCAGUUGUUAUUGAUUUAGAAAGAAUGAACAUGGAUUUGCAAGAAUAUAUAAAUGAAGUGCAAACAUAUUGCCACCAGAUUGCUCCAGGGCCGAGCCUAGCUGCAAUGUUGGCACCCUCACAUUUGCGGGAGAAAUGCAGGGAGGAGGCAGCAAUAUUAGUAGAGAAAAACCAUAAUGGAUCAGUGAAGGAUGCCACAUUGAUUGACCUUGUAACUGACCUCACUGCUUUGAUGUUGCAAGUCAAAAGUUUAUCAGAUUCUGACCAAAACGCUUAUGAACUGUGUGUGCUGCAAGGAACCAUGGACCAGAUAAAAAUGAAACUGGAGCCACAACAUCAAAGGCAAUUUCAAAACAAUGUGGAAAUACACAUGCAAAGGAUUCAGAUGGGAUUAGGGCAAAUGACAUCUAACAGUUAUGUUAUUGGGUAAUUACAUUCCACCAUUUGCU